AUGGCCUCAACUGCAUGCUUUUUGCACCACCAUGCACUCACUACAGCUUCUGCCAGGUCCUCCUCAUCACAGCGCCAAGUGGUGAAUGUCAAGCAGAACCAGAUUGUGAUCUGCAGGGCUCAGAAGCAGGCUGCCCAGGAAGAAGAUGGCGCCGUUAACGUCUCCCGGAGAUUGGCUCUCACAGUCCUCAUUGGAGCUGCAGCCCUUGGCUCCAAGGUUUCCCCUGCUGAUGCAGCUUAUGGUGAAUCCGCCAACGUUUUUGGAAAGCCAAAGACAAACACCGACUUCUUGCCAUACGUUGGAGAAGGAUUCAAGCUUUCGAUUCCUGCAAAAUGGAACCCAAGCAAAGAGGUUGAAUACCCUGGUCAAGUUCUGAGAUAUGAGGACAACUUUGACACGACCAGCAACGUGGCUGUCACAAUCACCCCGACCGAUAAGAAAUCUAUCACUGACUAUGGCUCUCCUGAGGAAUUCCUCACCAAGGUGGACUAUUUGCUCGGCAAACAAGCCUACUUUGGCAAGACUGAUUCUGAGGGUGGUUUCGACUCCGGCGCUGUGGCCACGGCCAACAUAUUGGAAUCUUCAAGUCAAGUGGUUGAUGGGAAACCCUAUUACUACUUGUCUGUGUUGACAAGGACAGCUGAUGGAGAUGAAGGUGGCAAGCACCAGCUCAUCACAGCCACAGUGAAAGAUGGCAAGCUUUACAUCUGUAAGGCUCAAGCUGGAGACAAGAGGUGGUUCAAGGGAGCAAGGAAGUUUGUGGAGAGCUCUGCAUCUUCCUUCAGUGUUGCCUAA